AAGUAACCCCAACUUCAAGUUGUUCAGAAGGUUUUGUUAACAAAUUAAGGCUCCUCUGCUGAGUACAAAGAAGGCGUUUUUGAACAGAAAAAUAUAAUCUACUGUUGUUGUUCUAUUAAUAUAUUUAAAUACGUAAUGUCGACGAAAUCCUCCGUCGAUUUGCGAGCUGAGCUCGCUGAACUAGUUAAACGAAAAGCGGAAAUAGCUGACACUCUUGCAAAUUUAGAACGUCAAAUAUAUGCCUUUGAGGGUAGUUAUCUGGAGGAUACACAAUUGUAUGGUAACAUAAUACGUGGAUGGGAUAGAUAUUUGGCUAGUAACAAAAAUACCAAUAGUAAAGCAGACAAACGUAAUAGGAAAUUUAAAGAAGCAGAAAGACUUUUCUCAAAAUCAUCUAUCACGUCUAUGGCAGCUGUCAGUGGACUUGUUGAAAAUACCCAGGAAAAAAUUGACCGGUACAGCGAGUCGGAGUCACAGAUUGGCAACAGUGGUAGCGAAGACAAUUGCAGCCUCGUUAAUUCUCAUGGAACAACCCACAAUAGUAGUAGCAGCAAUGGUAAUAAGGAGUCAAGCGGAAAAAACCAUUCUUUAUCUGGCCAGUAUAAUCAGAAUGGAUCUCUCACAUCUUCCACUGAAAUUUCUGGACAAUUUGCAAAUGGACAUGCAAGUAAUGGCAGCCUCGAGCAUGUCUCGUUGAAGGAGAACACUGGAAAAGAACCGUCAAAAAAUAAAUCUGGGAACAGUGCUAAAAAAAAUAGCAACAAAAGAUCUAGGAAUAGGUAGAAUACCCUCAAACUGUUAUCAUCAC